GGAAAGUUGACGACCCACAGUACUUCGUGGCGGGAGAGUAAAUGACCAUACAUUUUUGAGCAAUUUCAUUCUAUACUUUCUUCGUGCUGUUUUUUAUUUUCUUUCUGUUGACUUCAGGCUGUUUUGAAGGCUGCCUGUCAAUUAUUUUAUUUGCUUACUUUUCAUUGCUUUGUUUACUAGUACCCUCUUUGAAGACCGUUUUGUUUAUCAGAAAAGGAUAUUUAGCCAUGACCUCUUUGAUCUCACUGGCUUUUUUGACAAUGGCGACCAUCUAUAUGGUGGCUGCCAGCUGCCCGGCCGUGUGCCAGUGCCCCGCGGUGCCCCCCUCGUGCCCUCCUGGCGUGAGCUCCGUGGAGGACGGCUGUGGCUGCUGCCGGGUGUGUGCCGCCCAGCUCAACCAGGACUGCAGCGCCGAGCGCCCCUGUGACCACCACAAGGGCCUCGAGUGUAACUACGGCAACGACGCUGCCAGCGAGUGGGGCGUGUGCAGAGCCAAAUUGGAGGGCCGCAGCUGCGAGUUCGGCGGCCGCAUGUACCAGAACGGCGAGAGCUUCCGCGUGGGCUGCAAGCACCAGUGCACGUGUGUGGACGCCGCGGUAGGCUGUGCCCCGCUCUGCGCCACCCAGCUGCCCCUGGCCUCCGCCGAGUGCCCCUACCCGCGCCUGGUCCGCGUGCCCGGCCAGUGCUGCUUCAGCGUGGACUGCCACAUGGGGGCGCUGCCGCCCCUGCUGCCCCCGAAGACGCGGAAACCGACGAAGACCAGGCCCAAGCAGCAGCAGCCGCAGCAUCAGGACCAGAAUCGCCUUGACGAUGGCCAACAGUACAGCCUGACACCGCACCGUCCAGAUUAUCAGAACAAUAGGGUGACCAACGAGGUGGCGGAGAGAGGAACGCUGAACUGGGCAGACGAGCAAGGCUACAAGCAUCUACCAGUCUGGAGUCCCUCUCAGAAGUGUGUGGUUCAGACCACUGAUUGGUCACCGUGCUCCAGCAGCUGUGGAGUGGGUGUGUCCUCCCGCAUCACCAACGACAACGCCCAGUGCAAGCUGCAGAAGGAAACUCGCCUCUGCAACAUCAGACCCUGCAGCUCAUUGGAUAUCCUCCCCAAGAGAGGAAAGAAGUGCACCCGCACCCGGAAGUCCCCCGAGCCUGUCCGCCUCGCCUACGCCGGCUGCCGCAGCGUCCGCCUCUACCGACCCAACCACUGCGGCGUGUGCCUGGACGGCCGCUGCUGCCAGCCUGCCCGCUCCCGCACCGUCCAGGUGCCCUUCCGGUGCCCCGGCGGCACGCAGGUGGAGCGCGCCGUCAUGUUUGUCCAGUCCUGCCGCUGCAGCAGCGAGGACUGCGGCCAUCUGAACGAAGCGGCGCUGCCGCCCAAGCGCUGGAUGUACGGAGACACCCACAAGUUCCUGGACUAGAGAGGAAGAGAGGAAGAGAAAAGAGAGUGAGAGAGAGAGAGAGAGAGAGUGGUGGAUAAAGGAGAGACAAGUGGGGGGGAGGGGGGGCAACUGGUGUUUUGGACUAGAAACGACAAGAGGGGGGGGGGGAGAGAGAGAGCGAAAGGCAAGGACAAUUGUUUUGGACCCAACUUGGACGAUCGGUUUGAUCGAGACUGGGAUUUGCACUUGUCCCGAUCGAUGUAAGGAGGAAGGUUAUCCUUGUUUGAUAUGAAUGGGUCUUUCAGAUGUAGUUCAGUAGGACUGCAGUGCUUUACAGUUGAAUUGAGCGGAGUCUGUGGACUGGGUCUGGUUCUGAGGUUGGCUGCCUUGGCCUCUGUUAUCAGUCCAGUUAACUGAUCUGGUCUGGAGACCCUGGGCCAGGGUUGGGUUGGUUGACAGGCCUCAACUUGAGGUCAUUUUCAAGCCUGGGUUUGAUUUGAGAUCAUUAUGACCACAGCCUGGGCAGUUCAAGUUCUGCUGGUCGGGGUCCUGGGGUGGGAUUGGGGACUGACGACAGCUCGGGUCUUCUAGAAUAUUCCAGAAUUUGACUGAGCCUAAUUUGCGACCAGCAGAGGUUCCUCUGCAAGCCAACGGUUUGAUGUUGCUUAAAUAUUUUUUUAUUCCAAGACUGCUCAUCAAAUUAAUCCCCAACUAUUUAGUCAGACGAGGUCUAUGCAUUUCUUCCGUUACAUUUAUACACACACACACACACAACCUUGAGUGAAUGCUAUGUAGUGAACGUGGGUCACUGAAAAUAGACAGACCUCAUCCGGUGCCAACAGAGAGGUGGACUGUGUUUCCGUGACCACCAUUUAAAGCCACAGUGUGCAAGAUUACACCACCCUAUGAGCUAUGCUUUGGUAACUAGCACGCUAGUUUUACAACAAAACUCUUCACUGCAGUUUAACUUGUCAGGAUAGCUAUACUCUACACAGCCACAGACCUAUGCUAAUCUCGCCAGAUUAGGGACAGAGUUUACAGGUUUGAGACAACUGGGGGUUAGCUGAAAAUGUACUGUAAGCUACAAGGCUAGCGCUCAGACUUUUAGCAAAAUACCUUCAAUGCUCCUUCUAUUCCCAACUUGAGAAGUUUGGGCUGGUUUUGAUCAUUUCAAAUGCUUUGGCGUUUAAUUAAUACAAGUCUGUCUGGCUAUGCCUGAUUCGACAGUCUAAUUGAAUGCAUCAUGUGGACAUAAUCAUUAAAUGAUGAGCUUCCAUGCACAAGGUUUAAAGGUGCUGUUUAAUUGUAGGACAGGCCCACCAUACUGAGUGAGUAACUGAAUGUACAGUAUGUGGCAGUAAAGCGUCUUUACUUCCAAGCAUGUGAGCAUACAAUACCACCAAGGAAUCUCACAAUGCAAUCAACCAAAGACAAAGUCUGACUGAAGUCUGGAUUGACUCUCACCCCAUCAUGCUGAAAAGCUGUAAUAUUUAUUCCUGUGUGUGUGUGUGGCAAGGGACUCUGUUCACCUCCCAAGACUCAGAAAAAGUGUGGUUAAGAACAGACUUCUUUUGUUGUCAAUUCUUCCCCACCCUCACCCUCAUGUCUGUGUGGUCCAUGGACGAAUGUUCCAGAAAGAGAGAGCGGGAGAUUUGUGUGUGUGUGUGUGUGUGCGCGCGCCCCUGAUUAUAGUUAGGGCCUGGCUCUUUUUAGUGGCAGACCGAUACCAGGGUAACUAAAAACGAGCUGUCGCUUGAGGACACGGGAACGAUCCACCUCUCGUUCCCUCACUUCGUUCGCCUCCUCAGAAAAAAGGACUAUGUAGAACUCCACCUCUGUUUUCAGAUAGAGGUGGAGUAGAGGGACGUUGGGAGUUGGAGAAAGCCCCAUCGGCUUUCCUUUUUCUAUUCCAAGUUUGAUUGUGAUGUCAUAAGCCUUUUGUACGAUGAAGGCUACGUAAGGAUAAUGUCGCCAGGUUUCCUCUUUAAAACAAUGUCCUAAACAGGGGACAGAAUGCUUAGGCAAUUCACCAAUACCAAGACCAAAUUUUGGUCGGAUUUAGAAAAAAAACACUACAAAUCAGACAGGCACAUAUUACUUGUGUUUUGUCUGGUUGAUUUAGUAGUUAUAGUGACGGGGAGUGGAGGUAGUGCCAGCUUAAAAGGGGCACAGAAACUUCCAGAAAUAAAUCUUGGAUGGGUCUCUUACCCCGCCAUUUUGUUACAAGGUGCAUUACGGGUGACAAGAUACGAAAUAUAUGUUUUCGGCAAAGCAUUUGGCAUUUGAGAGCAUUAGCCGUCUGUGCCAAUAUGCAUCUCCACAGUGUGUGGUCCUCCGAUUCUGACACACACUGGCAUGACGGUUUCAUUUGACUGAAGUUACGAUGACAGAGGGUUGAUUGAUGGGGAGCCGCUGGGAUCAGUUGGUUCUUGUUUUCACAAACAAUUUUGUAAUAUGGAACAACACCAGGAGAACCCACCAUUGCUGGUAAAUGACUGAAUUUCACUGGGAUUCAUCCUGGAACUCUAUUGGAAUUGACCCAGAGGGUCUAAUAAAAACUCACAUUUGGUGCCAGA